CUACGACAUAUUAUAGUGAGACGCCGUGUGGCAACGUGACCUUCUCCCAUAUAUUGACAAGCAUGGACGCAGAGACAUGUUAGGUUAAGAUAAGGAAUAUUUACGACAUGAGACGAUGUUCAGCUACAACUUAUGGUAUUUUGUAUAAAAUGGAAGCCAUAUCCUCUUCGCUAACUCCCUGUGUGCCGUUUAAGUCUCUUCGAGUCGUAGUGGCUGUCUUCAUUUCCUAGUUCAGCUGCAGUUCAAUCAUCGCGAUGUUGCGGCUCCUCGCCUCCCUGCGUUUACAUGAACUCUACAGAUGCAGUCACUUCGUGGCAUCUUGUGUCACCAAGCGGCAGCUCGUGGGUUUUCUCCCAGUCAGCAGUCACCGAUCAACCCCCUCCCGCCGCCACUUCAGCGCCGGGAGCCCGGUGUGGAAAGACGCGCUCCAUCCCGAAGGAAAGAAGUCCGAGGAAGUAGAGACAAUAGACUUGGACAAAUGGAAACUUGUGAUGAGAUCAAAAGCUGCACCAGAAAGGAAACAACAAGCUGAUGAGGAAGAGGACGUAAGUGAUGAUGAAAACCUCACGGAACCGGGAGUUGCUUCACUUGAGGCAACCAGGGAUCUGGUUGUGAUGUGGCGGCAUGCUGGGAAGCUCGUACCUCAAGAGAUGACUGAUGAGCAGGUUGAGACGCUGGCGGGGCUCACCACCAAGUCGUCCAGGAAGAAGUACUUGAAGUUCCUGGCCAUCAAGGAGGGCCUCAAAAGGACCCACAAGGAGAGGCAGCAGAGGAAGAAGGUGGAGAGGGAGGCCUUCCUGGAGCAAAAGAGAGAACAGGUCACAGAUAAGGAGGAAAUGGGAAACACGUUCCUCCUCCGGUUCUGGGACCGCUCCCUGGACAAGCUGCUGGCCUGGAGGAGCGCCCAGGCCAUGCUGUUCAAUCAGUCGCUGGUGUUCGACAUGAGCUAUGACUCCUACAUGUCGAGACGGGAGGUGGAGAACACAGUGUCCCAGCUGAUGGAGGUGGAGGCGUGGAACCGGCGGGCCACUGAGCCCUACCACCUCCACUUUUGCAACCUGCAGCCAGGUGGGGCCUACGAGAAGGAGCUGCUCAAACGAUACGGUGCAGAGACCUGGGACCGACUGCUCAUUACCAGCACCGACCGCCAGCAUGUCGACCUGUUCCCUCGUGAGCGGCUCGUGUACCUCACCGCAGACUCCCGCAAUGUCCUCCGCACCUUUGACCCCUCCAAGGUCUACAUCAUUGGAUCUAUGGUAGAUCGGUCCAUCCAGUCAGGCUUGUCACUGGCCAACGCAAAGCGCCUGAACUUGGCCACAGCCCGUUUACCGCUGGACGAGUUCCUCCAAUGGGAGAUAGGAGCCAAAAAUCUGACUCUGGACCAGAUGAUCCGCAUCAUGCUCACUAUCAAGGAUACAGGUAAAUGGGAGGAGGCGUUGAAGUUCGUGCCAAAGAGGAAACAUGACGGCUUCCAGCAACAUCAGACGCAAAAAGAGACAAUCCAUAACAGAAUCAGGGGAGUGACGAAUCAUAGACCAAGAGAGGAAGGAGACAGACCGUUAAGAUUUGGAGAAAGGACAUUUAAAAAUGUGGACCAAAGUCUGUACAGGUCACAGAAAGAUCCUCGGGUCACUGGCAGAGACAGAAUGUCUGGUCUGCCCGAUGACAGAGAGAGCAAACCUGCUGCAACCAGGGAACGGACAUCGUUUAAGAGCAAUAUGGAGGGAAGAACAAAGGCAGACAAAAACAAAAUGAGGUGGGAUGACAACUGAAGUCAUUAAAAAUUGUAACCUGGUAUAAUAAUGAAGUGUUAACAUCUUGUAUGAGGAAAUGUAAAAAUAAAAAGUUGAAUAAAA